AUGCCAAAUUGCGGAACUAGUGGUUGCUUUGUCAGUGAUCAAUUCCGUUAUUAUUGGGGAAUUUCCAACAUGGUUCUUGGCUUCGUUCUGAUCCUGCUUUCCGCCAGCUUCUUCUUCAAAAUAAAGGCUGUAAAAAGGAAGACGCCAAAUAUGGGAAAUUCGAAGCUUCAGAAGCACAAAUUCCAGCAGGCUAACAGAACGUCGACUGGAAUUCUCGUGUCCUCUAUGCUAUUCCUCACGACGCCCAGCGUGUGCGUUGGGUUGGUUAAGCUAAUGGGCUACUCCAUAUUCAGACUAGUUGGGCCAUUUUAUUCAGCGAGCUUGAUGUCUAGUGGGAUUUGCAACGGUAGUAAAUUUAUCGGGUGUAAUGGAGAUGCCAGGCAAUUACUCGGAAGGAAAUCUCAGCAAACACUAACUCAUACGAUGUCGGUUGCACCAAAAUCUGUCAUUAUUAGAUAUUGA